CGAAGAAGAAAAUCAAUGGCGGUUUGCUGCAGACUUUACCCACCAGUGAUAAAUUGUAAAAAAUGUAAACAUAUGCCACUUCAUAAGAAAAUAAGGCCUGUCGAGUAAAAAAGAAAGUCGUAAUAAGUUUACCUAAUAUCAUGUCCAAGCGCAAGAGAAACCGGGACAUGAGAUGUGUGUUAUUCCCAGACGAUGUGACGGACACCUUCACAAAGAGGGGAAAAGAAUCUGCCAAAACAUCCAUACAAGCCACAAAGUCCUGGGACAGAUGUGGGGACAGUUUCCUGGACACUUCUGUCAUCCAGAAUCUGCAAACGUCAGAGAAGAAGAGCAGCGGUGUGCGUAAAGUGGCUCCAGCAUCUAUUACAGGAAAUACAGAGGCCAGCACUGAUGAACCAGUACACAUUGCCUGGAGCUCCAGUGAGGAGGAAGAGUCUAACAACGAUAAUCUUCAUCCUCCUCGAUCAACUGUCUUACAUGCACCACAGCCAUCCAGACCACACAAACAACAUCCCAUCGACUAUUACAGGUGUCUACGGAUGCUCAGCGCUGGUGUAGACACAGAUGACCUUCCCUCUAUUGAUUCAGACAGUGAGUUAGAGGAAGAGAAUUCCACUUCAAAGGAGCAAAUUGACUUUGUAAAUCCUGUUGCGUCACCGGCUGAAAUCUCAGACUAUUCGUCAAACGAUGAUGAAGAUCCAGAUGAGAGCAGAACAAACUCUUCUGUUCUCGAUCCAGCUGAUUCCAGCAAGCAAUCUGUCAGCGAGUGGGUCCGAUCUGCUCAGGCGAUUCUUCAGACACCUCAGAAACUUACUGCCAAAAGUAUCAAGACCCCAGAGGACUCCAGUAAAAAGAGGAGGAAGUUUGAAAGAGGAGGUUUCGCUGAAAGACUGAACCGACUUCACAGCAGACAGAGAUCAGCCAUCAGUUUCUGGAGACAUCAGUGCAGCUCAAACACAUCAGCUGCUGACAGGCCGGGUGUGCUAACGCUGAGGAUUCUGGGAGUUCAGGAGGAAUGUGGCAUGCAGGCCGCUCUGUGUGACAGACUGCCGGAGACAGAGAAGUGUGUGGCUCUUUUCAGCAAGGAUACGGCCGCCCAGCUUCAGCCAAUGCCCGGAGACAUCGUCCACAUCUAUCCUCCAUGGCAGAAUUUGGUUGUUGAGGGGGAAAUCUAUCCCAUAAUACUCAACACCCACUUCAGUCAGAAAUUCUGCAUGGAUACAAAGUCGGAUAACAACGACUUUUCAGAGAGCUGCGGACACUGUGAAGAAAUGCCGACCUCCACCGUUAGCCAGGUGUCAGUGGUCAGAGACGAGCAAAGUGUCAAGAGAGACAUCCAUUCCCAGUUGUCCAGGGUGGAUGGAAGAGGCAUUAGAAACUCUCUGCUGGACACAGUGGAGGAGUGCGGAUCAUCGGGAUCUCAGAGCGGUCCCGUUGAGGUGUUGGUCCAGAGGGUCUACUGUAUACCCAUCAUGCACUCCCUUAACAGAGCUUCUCUCCAGCACAGAAUGCUGGGAAGACCUCCACCAGAAUCAGCACCACCGGCCCACAUUGGCAGGUUGUGUGCUCUAGUUCAGGAUCAUUAUGGGAUGUUCAGUGAAAUUGUCUUGCAGUGUGUGUCCACAGAAUCAGAGGUCCAGCAGAACUGUGAGCAGCUGGAGGGGCGUGUAUGUGUACUCCAGGCCGUGAGGGUCGUUCAGCGUCUGACUCGCGACAGAUGUUCUCAGCUCUUCAGUAUGAUUGACAGUUUGUGGCCUCCACUGGUUGAUCCUAAAACAUAUGAAAAUCUGCCACAAUCUCCCAGCGAUAGAGUCCCAGCACCCAGUUUCUGCUAUAGACUGAGCGUCCAGCAGGGUCACAUGGUUCCGAUAUCAGAACAGACUGUAUCUCCACUUUACCGACCAACUGUACUACAGACCCUAAAGGAAAUCCUUCAGGUUGAAUCUGUGACAAGUCGUCGCAGCUUUCGGGCCACUGUAGUUCAUAAACAAUUACUGAGGUCAAAUGCAGGCGAGAGGGAGAUGUUGCUGUUUGUGACGGAUCCCAGUCUCCAGACCGAGCCGAGAGUAGAGGGGAACAGAAGAACCGUUGCCGUGUGUCUGAGCCCGUCCUGUCUGAUCCAGAGCACAGUAACACAGGCCCUGGACGGCUCUCAGCAAAGACCCAUACUGAGAUUCAAAGAUGCUAUGAAGGAGAACGGUCAGAUAUUCUGUUGGGAGCAGACAGUGAUCCAACUGGAACCAGAAGAUCCAUGUUUCUCCAUUCCACAGCCCAUAAUGCUGGACCAGCUCGGUCCAGAGACCCUCCCAUACUCUCUCUGCACUCUCACAGGUGUCAUUGUUGAAGUGGAUGAGAGCACAGCUUUCUCUUGGCCUACCUGCAGUCGAUGUGCAGGUUGCCAUUUAGAGAUUACUCAAGAACAACAGAAAGGAUUCCUCUGUUUGAUGUGUGGAACAAUAAUGGAGGAACCAACCACAAAAAUGCAGUUAGAAGUGUGUUUGAGCUGCCCCUUACUGAGCCACUGUACGGUCAAAAUCAAGUUGCAGCAAAAUACUAUUAUGUCUCUCUUAAACUCAGCAAGGAGUUCAGAGGGUUACAGUGUGGAAAAUGUUCUUGGGAUGGAGAUCGGUCCUCUCAAUGCCUUCGUCCAUGUGGUCAACCGAAGUCACACUGUUUGGGUGGGUUUGGAGGAGUUAAACCUUUGACCUGCACUGAAUAGCUCUCUUAUCUGUUUAAAAGAGUAAUGAGUCAACAUUGUUCUUGCCCUACUUCCAAAUGUAUGUAGAUAAACAUACCCCCAGAAAUCUGAACGAAAAAAUAAGCUUCUGUUCACUCAGAUAGUGUAACUGUGCACUGCUUAGACCAAAGUACUGCUUGAACGGUGGCAAUUUUGUACCCUUUAGUUUUAGUUUAAACCGUUAUGAAAGCCAGAACUGCAAAAUGAUUACUUUUAGUAUGAAAAAUACUAAUGUGAUGUUCAAUGUAAGCUGAUUAAAUGACUGGCAAUUGCUGUCAAUCAAACACCUGCUACUUUGCUGCUAGCCAAAUGAUAGUGUGUUUACGUUAAAUUCUUUGUAAAUAAAUAUGUUCAUACUCCUGGUCUGUAUUACAUAUUUGUGUACUACUGUCUAUGACAGUAAAUAAAGUUUAAUACCACCACAUAA